CUGCAUCGGACCUGACCCAGCUCUCUGGGAAUCCAUGAUGGGGGCCUCGGCUGGGGCCCUGCCCUCCCUACUGCUGGGAAUUCUGCUCACGUCCAUCCUGGGGAGCCUGGGGGCCAACCCCGGCCUGGUUGCCAGGAUCACCAACAAGGGCUUGGAGUACGUGGCCAGAGAGGGGGUGGCGACUCUGCAGAGUAAACUGCACGAAGUCACACUCCCCGACUUCAAUGGGGACUUCAAGAUCAAAUACAUGGGCCGAGGGCACUAUGAGUUCCACAGCCUGGACAUCCACAGCUGUGAGCUGCUCGGCUCCACUCUGACGCCUCUCCCCGGCCAGGGCCUGUAUUUGGCCAUCUCCGACUCCUCCAUCAGGGUCAAGGGCAAGUGGAAAGUGCGCAAGGGGAUACUGAAACUAGACGGCUCCUUUGACGUGAAGGUUAAAGGCAUCACCAUUUCAGUCAAUCUUCUCCUGGGAAGUGAGUCCUCCGGGAGGCCAACGGUCGCCGUCUCCAGCUGCAGCAGCCACAUCGACGACGUGGAGACACACAUGUCGGGAGAUCUGAGCUGGCUGCUGAAUCUCUUCCACAACCAGAUCGAGUCCAGGUUCCGAAGAACAUUGGAGAGCAAGAUUUGUGAAGAGAUCCAGGAUUUGGUGGCCUCUGACCUACAGCCUUAUCUCCAAACUGUGCCAGUCACGACAGAGAUUGACAACCUUGCUGGCAUUGAUUACAGUUUAGUGGAGGCCCCUCGGGCAACAGCCCAAAUGCUGGAUGUGAUGAUUAAGGGUGAAAUUUUUAGCCUUGAUCACCGCUCCCCAGUUGGCUUCCUUGCUCCUGUCAUGAGACUUCCUGAGGAACACAGCCGAAUGGUCUACUUUGCCGUCUCUGAUUAUGUCUUCAAAACUGCCAGUCUGGUUUAUAACGAAGCAGGGUUCUUGAACUUUUCCAUCACAGAUGACUUGGUUCCACCUACUUCUAACAUCCGACUGACCACCAACUCCUUCCGCACCUUCGUCCCCCGGUUAGCCAGACUGUACCCCAACAUGAACUUGGAGCUCCGGGGAGCAAUGGUCUCAGCCCCGUUCCUGAACUUCGGCUCCGGGAAUCUAUCCUCAACCCCCCAGAUAGAGGUCGAGGGCUUUGUGCUCUUGCCCAACUCCGUCAGGGAGCCUGUCUUCCGGCUUGGUAUGGCCACUAAUGUGUCCGCCGCGCUGACCUUCAAUACCAGCAAGAUCACUGGAUUCCUAAAGCCGGGAAAGAUACAAAUGGAACUGAAAGAAUCUAAAGUUGGAAUAUUCAAUGUGGAGCUGUUGGAGGCGCUGCUCAAUUACUACCUUCUCAACAACCUCUACCCCAAGGUCAAUGAUAAGUUGGCAGAAGGCUUCCCCCUCCCUCUGCUAAAUUAUAUUCAGCUCCAUGACCCUGUUCUCCAGAUCCACAAGGACUUCCUGCUUUUGGGCACCAACAUCCGGUACCUGAGAGUCUGAGGGCAGGGCCAAAAAGACAGGGCUUGGAGGCCACAGCUGGAUGGGCAAGUCCCAUCUCCAGAUAUGCAGCGUAGUCCUGGAGAGUCUGGGAGGAUGAAGACUUUUCUGUCACCAGCUCUGGGGGCCUGGCCUCUGCCCCCACGCUCCUCCUUUUCCGCAGGGGCACCCACACCCUCUUUGUCUCCAGACUUUACUCUCCAUCCAGAAGAGACCAUCUUCCCCUACUGGCUGGUACUUUCUUGAAGGGCA